AAUGUUGUCAUUUUCGGAGGAGCUGGAGCUGGCAAAAGCUCCUUGAUCAAUUUGAUCGCUGGGACAGAAACCGCACGGACAUCCCCCGAUGGUUUGGGAUGUACAUCUGAAACCAAGGAGUACGUGCACGGCAUUUCGAUUCAAAACAAGACCUUGAAGGUGAAGCUUUUAGACACAGCCGGUCUUGAUGAGGGCUCUGAGGGCACAGUCCCCGAUAAAGAAUGUCAGAGACGUUUGGAGAAGCUUCUUCGAGACCUUAGGAAGCAAGAUGGCAUCCAUCUCCUCAUGUACUGUGUUCAGGGCUCGAAAAAUGGCGAGAGAGCAAUCAAGGCGCUUCGUCGCAACUACAAAUUAUGCCACUCCGCGGUCGAGGGACAGGUUCCGAUCGUCCUUGUCGUUACAUGUUUGGAAAACAAAACACCAGAAAUGGAGCAGUGGUGGAAGGAUAACGAGAAAUCCAUCUCCAAAUUCGGGAUGACCUUUGCUGGUCAUGCAUGUAUCACUACGCUGACCAUCAACAAAGAUGCAACAGAUGAACUCCAGCAGCGUCACGACCAAUCAUACGAGGCGGUCUGCAAACUUUUCGAGAUUUGUUGUACAAGGUGCAUUGCCUUCAAACGCCUGUUGUGCUGUUAUGUUACUAAUAGUUAA